ACUGAAGCAGCAGUUUCCGACCAUCUUCCGACCGUGAAGUAUCUAACUAGUAGCAGUUCUCGUAAAAUUAUUUGUUUUUCCAACGUGUUGAAGUGUAUCGGACGUACUGUGAGACAAGUCCGUAGUGCAUGCUAAACGGAACAAAAGUAGUAGAACUUCUUGUUAAUUGGAAUGUUCUUUAAAGUGAUAUACAUGGAUUAGCCGGAUAUUUCUGAAAAUGUGAUGAAAGUAUCCCCAUACUAAAAGCUCAUUGUGGAUUUUGAUAGCAUAGCAGUGACAAUUAGAUGGUAAUUAAACCCUUUGGGGCUACCCAUCCAUCCUACAUUCACUGUGACUUGUAGAUUUUUGCCUGUGACUUCCAUCAUGUCUCACUAAGCACAUGAACAGCUGAAUAAUGAAGUGAAGUGAAAAAGACAAUUGAGCCUCAGGAAAAUUGGGAAAACCCUGUGUGGUUGAUAUCCAAACCGGCUAUAGAGACGCGUUCAUAUGGCGGUUUAUAGAGCUAGAGAGUGUUUGAAAGUGUGAAGCGGCGUCCACGAGCGUCGCCAUGAGGCGGCGACGAGUGACGCUGCUACUGUUUGAAGUGACCCUAGUGGUCGCCUUGGUGUCAGCUCGAGGACCUCCUCCUCCCAUCUUACGACCACGUGAUGGUGAUCCUUUUGAUUCCUUGCCAAAAGGCUUCUGGCAAGAAUUCUCUUCUCCAUUCACGGAUACUCCAGACGGCGGUGACACUGAUGAUAGUGCAGAGUCUCUGGAAACAACUACCCGUGAACCUCAACCAUUUUUCGAGGAACCAACUGCUGCAGCCAAUGUUACCACACAACUCGGAAGUCAUGUUCACCUCCACUGUCGAGUGAACGAUCUCCGGGAGAAGACGGUAUCUUGGGUCCGUCGUAAGGAAGAUCAAUUACAAUUGAUCACAUUUGGUCGUCAUACCUACAGUAGUGAUUCACGCUACCAGCUUGAGUAUCAACCUCCCAAUGACUGGCAGUUACUUAUCGAGUUUGCUAACGAACGCGAUGAGGGUCACUACGAAUGCCAAGUUUCGUCACAUCCACCCCUCGUUUUCUUGGUUUACCUCACAGUUGUGGUUCCGCGUGUGGAAAUCGUGGACGAACGAGGCGGUGCCGGGGCAGAUAAGUUUUACAAGGCUGGUAGUACGAUCGAAUUAAAAUGUGUGAUCAGCAAGGUACCACAACCUACAACCUAUGUCAUGUGGAAACACGGUCAACGAAUGUUGAACUAUGACACUAGCCGCGGUGGAAUUAGCGUUAAGACAGAUUUGAAGCCUGGUGGAGCAGUGAGCCGUUUGUAUAUUGCAAAUGCCAAUCGUUACGAUUCCGGAAACUACACUUGCUCUUUGGCCGAUGUAGCCGCAACAACAGUCACCGUCCAUGUACUCAAUGGUGAAAAUCCUGCCGCAAUGCAACACGGAGGCUCCACAAGGUGGACUCCAAUAGCAUGGGCAACAAUUUUCUCGUCAGUUUCUCACUUCUUUGUCCAUCGUCGGUGAUCUUGGACGAUAGCCAGUGGUCACAUUCACCCUUAACUGAACUCAAGGAGUUCAAGGAAUGUAUUAAAAGUUGUGUAAAACACUAUAAAAAAAGGUAAAAGAACUAGUAAAUUGUAAGCAGAUCAUCAACUUAAAUGUUUCACAGAAUUUCACAUUAAUUAUUUGCAUUUUCUUUUCUCCUAAUGAAUAUACCAGAGCGUAAAAUUGGAUUUCUCAUGAAUUUUCUAUGAGAUAACUUUAGGGUGAAAUUUACGUGAAACUCAAUAACGAAUAUCAAACUUUUUUUUCACAAUAAAAAAAUACUUUUUUCAUACCUAUAUUUAGUUAGGAUAAAUAAAGUAUAGUCAAAUACUAAGAUAAUGCACGCAGAGUUUUCAUUUUCGCGUAAAAAGAAAAUGUUUAUUCCGCUCAUACUGGCGAUGAGGGAGAUGUAAAAAUUAAAAAUAACAAUAUUUAUGUGAAAAUUCUGGGAAGACAGGGAAGGAUGGGGCAGUUUCACAUAGUUCAACUUUUUUCCCAAAUGAAUGUAAACUGCCAUAAAUAUAUUGCAUUUGUUUGACUUGGGAUUCUCCAUUGGGCAAUAUAUUGUACAAUAGAUAUUAAUUUAUUAUCCUAAAAAUAUGAAUGUUAAGUCAUGCAUUCGUGAACUGCCCCAGCCUCCCUUAAUGGUGUUUUCGCAGUUAAAACUUUACAUUUCACUCACACCGAUGUAGAAUAUCAAUAAGAGUGAGUGCAACGGAUGAUUUUUAUGCGAAAAACUUUGUGUAGGGGGAAGUGGGGCACCUUUGAAAGUGGGGCACCUUUGAAAUUGGGAUUUUUCUCCUAUGUUUAAAUGGAACUGAGCUAUAUUAUAAUGUAAUUUAGCUUAUCAAUCUGUUUGUGCAGAUAAAUUAUAUCAUGAUAAGACCCAAUUUUAU